CCAGGUCCGCGGCGGCGGCGGCGGCGGCGGCAGGCGGUCGAUGGCGGCAUGCGGCUCCUGUUCCUGGCCGUACUGCGGCGGCACACCGGCAACGCCGUCACGGCCGAGCGCGUCCGGGACCAUCUAGAAGCUGCCGGCCAUGUAUGUCUUCUGAAAGAUGCCUUUGACCUGGAGAGCUCAUCUGAAACCGCCCAGCUCAUCAAGGCUGAGAACUUGGAGGCAGCCCUGGCUCUUCACCUGUACAGAGGAGGCCGACUCUUGCAAGGUCAUGGAAUCCCUUUUGGAAUCAUCUUUGGUGGAACUGAUUUAAAUGAAGAUGUUAACCAGAGGGAAAAAAAUGAAGUGAUGGGAAAGGUCCUCGAAGAAGCCAGAUUUGCUGUCGCUUUCACAGAGUCAAUGAAGGAAACGGCGCAGACACAGUGGCCGCAUGCCAGGGGUAAGAUCUACGUCCAGAGUCAAGGAGUUGUGACAGUACCAAACGCUGCCUUCAACUGGAACACCUUCCUUCACCGUUCAGGGAUUAACCAAAAUGCUGAUAAUUUACACAUCUUUCUCCUGGUGUGUGGACUUAGACAAGUUAAGGACCCUCUUUACUUGGUGGACGCGUUCUCAGAAUGGCAUCAAGAAGAGCCUAAUGUUUACAUGGUGAUCGUGGGUCCUGAAGUCGACCCAGUGUUUACAAGGGAAGUAAAAGCCAAAGUAAAGGGGGCGGCUGGGGUGCGGCUGCUGGGAGAGAUGCCCCAGGAGGACCUACACGCAGCGCUGAAGAACUGCUUCGCGGUGGUGAACAGCUCCGUGUCCGAGGGCAUGUCUGCGGCGAUUCUGGAGGCGAUGGAUCUGGAAGUCCCCGUGCUGGCAAGGAACAUCCCCGGGAACGCGGCAGUGGUGAAGCAUGAGGUCACAGGGCUGUUGUUUUCAGACCCACAGGAGUUUGUUCAAUUAGCAAAGAGACUGGUUCAUGAUCCUGCGUUGGAAAAAGAAAUUGUGGCCAAUGGAAGGGAGUAUGUGAGAAGGUGUCACUCGUGGCAGGCGGAAAGAGACACCUAUCAGAACCUCGUCCAGAACCUCGAGGGAAGCAUCAGGGAGUAAGGGCACUCGCCUGGUGUUGUCACGCGCCCGCCCGGGGCCACCGCGGACGCACGGACCUGGGUGAAUACCAGAGACAGAGUUCUGGGCCAGUGGGGCCAGUCCGGUUCACAUCACGCCAGUUUCAGUGGAAUCACUGAUAAACAACAGUUAUAAGGCAGAACCUCGUCCAAAACCUGUCAGGACUUCCAGAGAACAUCCCGGACGUGUCUACCAGAUCAGCUCCUGAGCGCAAGAGCUUCUGGGGGCUCCUGGGGGCCGGGCAGGGGGAGGCGGGGAGAGAGGGGUAUUAGCCGCUAUGGGACUUAGAGGCAAGCCGCACAGCAGACACGUCCCACCUGCCUUCUGAUGACCUGUAACUCAUUGUUCAAAACCAGCAACUAAAGUCCAACGUGUCCACGGAAGGGAGUCCACAGAAUAAAGUGUGUCACCGUCAGCCCACGGACACAGCCGCUAUAUGUUCAUGUUCAUGUUGUGACCAGCAUCCAAGAGAAACCACCCCCCCGACCCCAGUCCCAGCCCUGAACACACAGGUACUGACGCUCGAGCAUCUCCUGAAGGGCGGUUUAUGCACAAUCACCAAGUUAAUGCCAAAGUGUAGACGUGAAACUGUGCUUUCCCACAAGCAUUGUACACGGCUCCAGUUUCACACUCAGUUAACUCUGUGUUUCAACAUUUUGUGUAUCGGUUUCAGUUUGCUGAGGUCCAUGUUUGAAUGAUCCAGGAGUAAGUCUCCAGAGAGUACCGAGGCACCAUGACCUCCGAAUACAGGGGGGAAAUGCACAGAAUGGGGUGCCGUGUUUUGCGGCAAAGAGGCGCCGCUUCCUCUUGGCUUCUGGGCCUGCGUCUUGGGUUAGCUCCGCCCUUGCCCCUUCCCCACCUUCCCCGGGGUGCUGUGCCACAGGGCCUGCUGGAUGGGCAGCUUCCUGGGAUCUCCAGCUUUACCGAGCAGACUGUGCGGGCUCAGCGGGCAGCCGGUGCUUGGGAGCUGAACCUGCCUGCCUGUCAUUGAUCUGUGGCUCUCAACGGUGUCCGGAGAGUUGCUCUUUAUGCAUUUUUCCUAUGAAGACACAGUGUCUUCUUCCUCCCACUGCCUGUGUCUCCCCACGGCCCACCCUCACUUCCCUUCUGACCCAGUGUCCUCUUGGAAAGUCAGGGGGCCCGUGUGGGAAUGACACACAGAAGGCCUCCCUACACAAAUCCUGGUGCCCGGGCCUCAUUCCUGACCAGUCACAUCAGCUCUCGGGGCUGGAGGCACCCAGGCCUGAGCUCUCCAGCGACCCAACACUGCCACCAAGACCGACAGGACAGCUACUGCCUUAAAGGGUCCCUCUGAAUAGGGACUGGAAUUUGACAGAAAACGAACAUCUGAGAAGAGGCUAGAUGAUGACUUUGUAUUGAAAAGUGAAUCCAGAAUGAAGAAGGUAGGUUAAAUUCACCUGAUGUUUAACACGCUUGAUUUAUGCCGGCAGAACUGAAACUCUAAGUGCAGGGCCAAGAAAUAGUUCCCACCAACAAGUAAGUAACAAGCAAGACAAUGCCCAGGACUUGGUCAGUGCUCCCCAGAGCUUCUCCUUCCUCUGGUCUGCAACAUCUGUCCCGUGGUCCUUGGAGGCUGUCUCACCCUUGCCAGCUACCUGGUUCUAAGCCGCCAGGGACCCAGCCUGUGGUUCAGGUCACUCCCCAGCACCUGUCCAUCCACAUCAGGAAACCCCUCACUUCCCACAAGAUGUGCAAUUUUACUUCUCAGUUGAUUUCCAGAGGUGGUAGCAUUUAAACUCUUUGACCAUGAAAUAGUAAGAGGGACCAACUCUACGCAGGUAUAGACAACAAGAGGAUGUCACUGAGGAUUACACCUGGUUGUACUUGAUCAGAAAUUCAAGGUAACAGUGGUAUAAGCAGGAGAGAAACGUGUGUUUUCUCUCCCAAGUCCAGGGAUUAACCACACGUGUGGUGUUCCCGGGGGGGGGGGCAGGAACUCGGACCCUCCAUCCUCUUGUUUUUCCCUCCCAGUACAUGGCCACCUCUACCUCACGCAGCAGGGUGGCUGCCCACGUGCUGCCAUCACACCUGAUUUCCAAGUUGCAGGAGGGUGGAAGGAAGGCAGGAACAGAGACUUACCUAUCUCCUUUCUUUCAGGACAAUUCCCACCUCAACUCACACACUGUGUCCCACACCCAGUUGCAAGGGACACGUGGAAAUGCAGGCUUCACUCCUAGCAGCCAUGCACCCAGUUAAAAACCGGGGCGGAGGGGGUCCAUUAUCAAAAGAGACGAGCAGGUUGCACAUCAAGAGACAGUCUGCAGGUGUCGUGGCCAUUAAGAUAUGCUGUCAGUAGGCUCUGUAGCCCCAGGCAUCCUACUUAUUACUAACCACUGGGUACCUUUUAAUGCCAAGAGAAAUGUUUUCCACAAGGUUUUAAUUUACUUUUAAGGCCAUCCAGACACGGCUCCCCUUCCCUGCCCAAGAUCUCAUUUCUAUACAAGCUCUCAGCCAGUGCAGUGUAUCCAUUAGUACUUCUCACCCGGCAGCAUCUGAAUUAAAGACUGAGUCAAAGAUCA